CCGCGGCGGGCGCCAAUGGCUGAUGCCCGCGGCCGGUGGGCGUGGGACGUCCCCGGGUUCGAGCCGGCGGCGGGCGGGAUGAUGCCGCUGGCGCCGCCGACGGCCAUGCCGAGGGCGCCGCCGACGGCCAUGGUGUUCCGGCCCUCCGACGGCCCGCCCCGCGCCGGCGGCGGUGAGGCGGUGCUGCCCGUCGCCGAGCGCCUCGACCAGCUCGCGGACAGCGUCCAGCUUGCCAGAGAGGACUGCUUGGAACUUAGACAGGAAGCUAGUGACCUUCUUGAGUAUUCUAAUGCAAAGCUGGGCCGUGUCACUCGGUAUCUUGGAUUUCUUGCUGAUAGAACUCGAAAAUUAGAUCAAGCUGCACUUGAAACUGAAGCUAGAAUUACCCCUUUGAUUCACGAGAAGAAAAGACUUUUCAAUGAUUUAUUGACCUUGAAAGGCAAUGUCAAGGUAUUUUGCCGUAGCAGACCCCUAUUCGAAGAUGAAGGUUCAUCAGUGGUAGAGUUUCCAGAUGAUUUUACUAUCCGUGUAAACACAGGAGAUGAAUCUUUAACCAAUCCUAAGAAGGAUUAUGAGUUUGACAGGGUAUAUGGACCCCACAUUGGGCAAGGUGACCUUUUCCAUGACGUUCAACCACUCGUGCAAUCAGCCUUGGAUGGUUACAAUGUUGCCAUAUUUGCUUAUGGUCAAAGUCGUUCUGGAAAAACACAUACUCUGGAAGGAUCUAGCCAUGAUCGUGGUUUAUAUCUGCGGAGCUUUGAGGAGUUGUUUGAUCUAUCAAAUUCAGAUACUACUUCCACCUCACACUUUAACUUCUAUGUUACCGCCUGUGAGCUCUACAAUGAUCAGGUUCGGGAUUUGCUAUCAGACUCUGUAAGCCCUGUCCCAAAGGUUCGGAUGGGUGUGCAAGAAUCCUUUGUGGAACUUGUGCAGGAGAAGGUUGAAAAUCCCAUGGAAUUUUCUAAGUCCCUAAAGACCGCUCUUGAAAAUCGAUCUGUGAAUUCUCUGAAGGCCAUGGUAUCUCACCUGAUUGUUACUAUCCACAUACACUAUAGAAACUAUGUAACAGGAGAACACCUGUACAGCAAGCUGUCUUUGGUAGAUUUACCAGCUAGUGAAUGCCUCCUUGAAGAAGAUGCUAAUAGAGACAAUGUGACAGAUUUCUUGCAUGUGUCAAAAUCGCUUUCUGCGUUGGGGGAUGCUUUGGCCUCAUUAAGUGCGAAGAAGGAACCUGUUCUAUCUGGGAAUUCAAGAAUUACACAAAUCUUAGCCGACUCUCUUGGAAGUAGCUCAAAGACCUUGUUGAUUGUGCAUGUAAGUCCAAGUGCUUCAAAUUUGUCUAGAACUUUGUCUACGCUCAGCUUUUCUGCUAGAGCGAAAAAUGCCGAACUGAGCCUUGGAAAUCGCGACACAAUCAAGAAGUGGAAAGAUGUGGCAAAUGAUUCACGUAAAGAAUUGCAUGAAAAAGAGAAGGAGGUUCUAGAUCUGCGACAAGAGGUUUUGGGAUUAAAACUCUCUCUUAAAGAGGCUAACGAUCAAUGCACACUGCUCUUCAACGAAGUACAGAAGGCCUGGAGAGUUUCUUCUGCACUUCAAGCUGAUCUGAAGUCUGAAAAUAUAAUGCUCACUGAGAAGCACAAGAUUGAGAAAGAACAGAACAACCAGCUAAGAGAUCAGAUUUCUCAUCUUUUAGAAGUUGAACAGGAGCAGAAAAUAAAGAUGCAUGAGCGCGAUUUAACAAUUCAGUCGCUACAGGCAAAACUUAAGUCCAUCGAGUCCCAACUUAAUGAAGCCAUAAAUUCAAGUGAUGCUAGAUCAACUAUUGGGUCUGAAUCUGCUUCAGUUAUAUCCACCCCAAAGAUGAUGGAGUCAACUGCUGAUUCAUCCACAGUAACCAAAAGGCUAGAAGAGGAAUUAGCAAAGAGGGAUGCUCUUAUUGAGAAAUUGCAUGAAGAGAAUGAGAAACUCUUCGACCGACUAACAGAGAAGUCAGGACUAGGAAGCUCUCCACAGGCUCCAAGUCCUUCAAACAAACCAACUAAUGCUCAGGGAAGAGAUAUAGGCAGGAGUGACAGCAUGAAAAGUCAGUCAUCAGAUGUAUUACCAUUAUCAGUUUCACAGGACAAAGCUGGAAACAGCGGAGCUAUUGUGAAAUCAAGCAAUGAGUUAACAAAAACAACGCCUGCUGGGGAAUACCUUACGUCUGCAUUAAUGGAUUUUGAUCCUAAUCAGUUUGAGGGAGUUGCUGCAAUAGCCGAUGGUGCAAAUAAGCUUUUGAUGCUGGUAUUGGCUGCAGUUAUCAAAGCUGGUGCCGCUAGGGAGCAUGAAAUACUUGCUGAGAUCCGAGAUGCUGUCUUUUCAUUCAUUCGCAAAAUGGAACCAAGAAAAGUUAUGGAUACUAUGCUAGUUUCAAGGGUUAAGAUAUUGUACAUUAGAUCUUUGCUUGCUAGGUCUCCGGAACUUCAGUCAAUCAAGGUUUCCCCAGUUGAGCGUUUUCUGGAGAAAUCAAAUACUAGUCGGAGCAGAAGUUCUAGCAGAGGAAGUAGUCCUGGCAGGUCACCUGCUUAUCAUCAUGAUCAUGGUUCACGAAAUUCCAUAAUUGAUGAACAUGUGCAUGGUUUCAAAGUAAACAUUAAACCAGAAAGGAAAUCAAAGUUCUCCUCGAUUGUUUUGAAGAUUCGUGGGAUUGAGGAGGAGACAUGGAGACAACACGUCACUGGAGGGAAGCUUCGGGAAAUUACCGAGGAAGCCAAGGCUUUUGCAAUGGGAAACAAAGCUUUAGCUGCUCUCUUUGUUCACACGCCAGCUGGUGAAUUGCAACGGCAGAUCCGAGCAUGGCUUGCAGAGAACUUUGAGUUCUUAUCUGUAACUGGUGGAGAUGUUGCUGGAGCUACUGGACAAUUGGAGUUAUUGUCUACUGCUAUUAUGGAUGGGUGGAUGGCUGGCCUUGGUACAGCGCAACCACCCUCAACUGAUGCUUUAGGUCAACUGUUAUCUGAGUAUACAAAACGAGUUUACACGUCCCAACUACAUCACUUGAAGGACAUUGCUGGCACAUUGGCAACAGAGGUAGCUGAUGAUCCUGCUCAUGUCAGUAAGCUACGAUCUGCUUUAGAGUCAGUCGAUCACAAAAGAAGAAAGAUAAUGCAACAAAUGCGAAGGGAUACUGUUUUGUUAACCAAAGAUGAAGGUGGUUCACCUAUCCGAAAUCCUCCAACUGCUGCUGAAGAUGCACGACUGGCAUCUCUUAUAUCGUUAGACAACAUCAUAAAACAAGUGAAGGAAGUAAUGAGACAAAGCUCCACCAGACCAUUAAGAAAAUCAAAAAAGAAAGCAUUGCUAGAAUCAUUAGAUGAUCUUCUGGCGCAAUUGCCUUCUCUUCUUGAUGUUGAUCAUCCUUGUGCUCAGAAGCAGAUCAUGGAAGCAAGAAAAGUUGUAGAGUCACUGGAAGAAGAUCCCGAUGACCCUGCGACAGAUUCGAAUUCAAACACACUGGGUGACAGCGAAGUUUCACAGUGGAAUGUACUACAGUUCAACACUGGAACAUCAGCUCCUUUCAUCAUAAAAUGUGGAGCCAAUUCGAGCUGUGAACUGGUCAUCAAAGCUGAUCAGAAAAUUCAGGAACCUAAAGGUGAUGAGAUAAUUCGAGUUGUUCCGAAACCUUCAGUUCUUGCAGAGAUGAACUUUGAGGAAAUAAAAGGUGUCUUUGAGGGAUUGCCAGAAGCAAUCAGCUUGCUUGCCCUGGCACGAACAGCCGAUGGUACAAGAGCCAGAUAUUCUAGACUGUACAGAACGCUAGCUAACAAAGUACCGGCCUUGAAAGACAUCGUUGCGGAGAUGGAGAAAGGUGGUGUUUUCAAGGAUGUCAGAUCAUAGUUUUAGUUCAUUUUUCGAUUUGAUAUAUUAUGUUGUAUAUGUAUGCCAUUUGAGGGCAUCAAGUGUAACUUUCUUCUUUUGUUAAUACAAUGAACAAGCCUAUGUUGUA